UCCCACAGUGUUUUCAAAAUGUUGCCCUUUACACCACAAGAUGGCACCAAUGUAACAUGUUUCUCUGUUCUGGUAAAAUGACACUCAAAAAAGUGCAUGUUUAAAGCCCUGAACAAACAGGCAAGGCCACAGGUGCUGAAGAGAACAUUUAGGCUUAUCUGUAUGGUUGUGGCCAACAGCAGCUUUGUGAAGAGGUGUCAACAACUCAGUCAACCUAAGGCUGCUCUGUUUCCCAUCAGCCUUGACAGCUGGCACUAUGUCAGCCAUCUUCCCAGCUUCAGCCACUGUCAAUCUACUCUAUGUACCAACAAGGAAAUAAAAACAUUGAGGAGACAGGUCAAAACAGGGACACGGUACUUGUAAAAAUGUACUGUGUGUAUGUUAGUUAAGUAUCUUGAAAACAGGGAAUUUUACACAUGCCAGGUGAGAUUGAACGCAGAAGCAUAGGUCUAUAAAAUGUCUUAUUGUUUGUUGUUUCUUUUUUGCAGCAUCGGCCUUUAGUUUGUAGCUGAAUUGGAUUUCAUUUUUGUUGUUGCUGUUUAUUCCCCCAUCAUUGUCCUCAUCUUCUCCUCUUCAAUGUCUUCUCCCCUUUAUCCCACACCCUGAAUACUGAUCUAGAGUGCUGCCACAAUAAAUUUCGCUCAGCUCACCAACCCAGACUUUAUCAUGCUGAGGCAUCUACUGGAGUGACAUCCCCCAAGAUCUCUGUAAAGCAGACUACCUGCCUGGGUCCAACACAAGGGCACAACAAGACCCCUCGAGACAGGUCAGAAAUACCGUUUAUUUGGAGACAGCUAGUCUGGAGGAAACCCUGUUAACUGACUUCAUUAUACCCCCCCUUUACCCGCCUUUGUUUGAGCAUGCAAAUGCAUGGUAGUUAUAGUAGAUCUAGCAUUUGAAUAAACUUUGCCUCUGUGUAGUCUAUCCUGCAUGCGAGUCAGUGUGUGCGUGAGCGGUGUGGGUCAGCAUCUACAUCUACACAAUAAAAUCUUUGACGAUGCCCCGGCUCGCAAGAAAGAUAUAUCAGCUAUAGCAAGGUCAAAUCGAGUCUAAUAAGUAGGCUCUCUCCAAAACUGUCUCUCACACAGGAGCUGUUUGCACCAGUGAUCUCAGGUGAGGUUUAUUUUGAGACAACCCGAUAAUAACCACUCACUGCGCGCGACGGAACUGCCCUGCUGGUCAUUUUAAUUUACAGGUAGGCUGAUCACCCUAAAAAGAUGAACCGUCACACACUGGAGACAAACAGAAGAUUUCCCUCAUACCAGUUGUCUGUUAAUUUGCUGAUUGAAGAAGGCAUUCGUAUACAUGCUGUUAAUCAUUUCUUAGGUUUUUUACUCGGCAGACAGGCUAUUCAUCUUGCCCUUAGAGCAUGCCGGUAAUGUCGUUUAAAUUUGUCAGUAUAGGUAGGCUACUCGUUGAAUUUGUUUAUUGCCGUAUUUCUACUCCAAGUCUUGGGGGGAAAUAACUUUGUUUUAUUUUGCAAUACAGCUAAAAAUAAAAUGCCUGUCAGCAAACCCCUUCACAGCGUUUCAUGAGUGUUUCCUCCCAGGCUACUUAGUUUUCGAACUGCCUUGGCUGUUCCGCUGGAGAAUGUGGAAGAAGAUGCGAGCUCUCACGCACCAAGAGCGUCUGCGCCACGCAAGAGCUCUCUGGAAACCUAUAAGUCAUGUGGCUUAGAUGGAAUUAUUCAAUACCGAAAAGAAGACGAGAAUUAUCAUUUUCGUGCUUUAAUGAGCCUCAGACUUCGAAUUAUCCCCCAGUGCGCCCGGAGAAUGGGAGCCAUCCCUGCUAUGAGUAGGCUACAAUUCGCACGACCAUCCUUAAACCAUCUAAGUUUUAUCCUUCUGGAGCGGCAGAAUUUCGAAGUGAUUGUCUGCAAAUUCAGCACUAGAAGAGCUUAAAAGGGGAAGUUUCAGAGCUAUGGCGGUGUUCAAUGAUGCUGAGUGGUCCUGGAACGACUCUUACCUCAGAAUUCCAGAUGGGAAUUCCAGCAUGGAACAGCUGGAGGCAGAGAGCGAGCGGAACUACUACGCCAUGUUCUACUCCCUGCUUAUCCUGGCCAUUGUGUUCGGGAACGUGCUGGUGUGUCUGGCCGUGGUGAGGGAGCGCUCCCUGCAGACCACAACCAAUUACCUGGUGGUGAGCCUGGCUGUGGCGGAUCUACUGGUGGCCACCCUUGUUAUGCCCUGGGCUGUCUACCUGGAGGUGAUGGGCGGUGCAUGGCUCUUCAGUCGACUGUACUGCAACGUCUUUGUCACGCUGGAUGUGAUGAUGUGCACUGCUAGCAUCCUCAACCUGUGUGCCAUCAGCAUUGACAGGUACACUGCAGUGGUGAUGCCUGUUCUGUAUAACACCACACACAGCUCUCGUAAACGGGUGUCCAUCAUGAUCGCCGCUGUCUGGGUCCUGGCCUUCACCGUCUCCUGUCCCCUGCUGUUUGGGUUCAACACCACAGAUGACCCCACGGUGUGCUCCAUCUCCAACCCAGAGUUUGUCAUCUACUCGUCCGUGGUGUCCUUCUACCUUCCCUUCAUGGUCACUCUGCUGGUCUACAUCCGCAUCUACGUCUUCCUCAGGAGGCGGAGGAAGCGGAUCGCCUUCAGACAGGCCAGUGGGAAAGUCCAGCCAGGAUCCGCUCUGCCGUCUGCGGAGACCUGUUUGCAGGAGACAAUGAAGGAGAGGAGAGAUCUCUCCCCAAUUAGGAUUAAAGUGGAGACCUCAGACCAGCCUCCUCAGGCCAAGGCCCGCCUCCUCCCGAGCUGCCUGCGGCCUAACAAGCCACGCACGGCCCCUGUGGAGAACUCACUACUGCCCCCGGUGGACCUCCAGAAUUACUGCAGCAUCAGCCAGGCCUCCUUCGCACGCACCGAGCAGGAUGGGUCGCCCCACGAUGGAGAGGACGGGGACGGGGAGGAAGAGGAGAAGGAGGAGGAGGAGGGGUCGACAGGCGAGAGGACGCGGGGCGGCCUCACCCUGAGACGCAGCUGUGAAGUGAAGGACAUGUCCAACGGGCGGACGCACACCACGCUCCGUCCGGCGCCAGGUCCCGUGCUCCGCCCGAGCCAGCUGCGGAACAGAAACAUGCAGACACGGGAGAAGAAGGCCACACAGAUGCUGGCUAUCGUGCUGGGGGUCUUUCUCAUCUGCUGGCUGCCCUUCUUUGUGACUCACAUCCUGAACACCCACUGCCGGACGUGCUACAUCCCCCCGGAGCUCUACAGUGCCUUCACAUGGCUUGGCUACGUCAACAGCGCCCUCAACCCCGUCAUCUACACCACCUUCAACAUUGAGUUCCGCCGCGCCUUCAUCAAGAUCCUCACCUGCUGAGAUCCUCCCCCUCCCCCUCACACAAACAAACACGCAUACUCACAAGGAUCCAUGCGGAAAAGGAUCAUCCACGUCACACUCGUUGCAGAACCUGACGGAGGAACCAAGAACAAAGAGAGAGAGUGUGCAGGGGGAAGUGAGGAAACAAGGACACGUCCUAAGGAGGAAGUCUGCUAAGAAGGACUUGUCCUCUUCUCAGCGAGCCACAGCACUGCUGUCUGACCAACUGUAGAGACUCUCUCGCUUGCCAGCACCUGCCUCAUGUCAAUGGCAGCGUCCUCUCCCCACUUUUGGCACACCAACGGAGCCUGUCAGUGUUAUCUUCAUUGGAGUAAUAGCAACCAGCUGCAGCCGGGAGCUUGAAUUGGCCCGACUCGCUCCCACCUUCAAGUGCAGGUGUUUUCGCUAAUGGCGCAGUGAUCCGUAUCUUGAUGUAGUCACUUGCCGAGAGGAGCGCGAAGAAUGUGAGGGACACGAUGGGAACCUUUGUCCCAUUUCCCCAUUUCGUGUGCUUCCUGUUACCCCUGAGUGAAUGACUUGAGACAGAUUCUCAGUCUCCAGUUAAUCAAUACAAACUUGACAAGUUGCCAAGCGAAGGCAUUCAUCGAGCCCAUCUCACAUCGUGCCAUUAAAGACUGAGAUCUCCUCACUAUACUCAGCGAUCAGAAAUAAAUAAGAUGUCAUGUGAGGAUUGCCGUCAUGCUCGCUCAGAUUGUUUGUGUCCUCAAAAAAACUCUGCAGAUGCGCAUCACGUCACAUCGCCUAUCUUUAGCUGUCCAUUGCUGCCUCAAGCACGUGUUAACACUCCAGCUGUCUUUGAAGAGUUUUUUCGGUGUAUGUCGGCGUGUUCGAGAUUAUCAGUCACAAAUGCCUUGGGAGGCUUGUGUUUUUUUUUGUUUUGUUUUGUUUUGUGGGGCGUCGGAGGAAUCGCAUGGAAUUUCUUCAAGGAAUUCACAGAUUUGUCGCAGGGACCAUGAGCAUACGGUGAUUGACAUUCACAUGGCGCUUAAGAAGAUCUGAGAGCCAACCCCCCCAACCCCCCAUGCCUUUGAUACCAGCUUUCCUGGCAGGCAGGGCCCUGUAUGCUGUCACCGUAUUGGACUCUGGAGACUAGUGGGAGGUGGGGAGGAUUGUCAUGGAGUAGGAAUAUGUAUAAAAAUGUGCUUCUGUGUUGUGUGAAUAAAGCUAAAUGCAUACUUGGCA